AUGGCAUCACACAUUCGUACAAUGCUUACUAAAUUAUUUGGUACACCACAAUAUCGUUUAUUAAUAGUUGGCCUAGAUGCAUCUGGUAAAACAAGUCUUCUUUAUAAAUUAAAAUUAGGUGAAAAUGUCCAAGUAAUUUCAACAAUUGGUUUUAAUGUAGAAACAAUUACAUAUAAAAAUACUGAAUUAACAAUGUGGGAUGUAGGAGGAUGUGAUAAAAUUCGUCCCCUAAUUCGACAUUAUUUUCAAGGUACACAAGCAUUAAUUUGUAUUAUUGAUUCAAACGAUAGAGAACGAAUAGGAGAAAUCAGUGACGAAUUAUGGCGUAUGCUAUCGGAGGAUGAAAUACGUGACAUACCUAUCUUAUUUUACUUGAAUAAAAUCGAUCUUGUUAAUGGAUUAAAUUCAGUUGAUAUUAUUGAAAAAUUAAGACUAAAUAGUCUUCGAAAUAGACAAUGGCAUUUACAACCAUGUUCUGUACUUACAAAUGUUGGAUUGUAUGAAGGGUUAGAUUGGUUAGUAUCGAUAUUAACAUCUAAACCUAUUUCUCAAUUACAACAGACAAAUGUAAAAUUCGAUACUUCUACAUCGACAAGAAAAACGAAUCCUGAUGAAGAUCAAUCAUUAGAAUGGUUAUCUCAAAUAGAUGAAGAUUCAAAUGAAGAAUUUAUUGAAAAAUUUGAAAAAAAUCAAUUACCAGUUGUAAAAUUUGAUCAUCGAUCAUUAUUAAGAAUAAUAUGGAGUUAUUUUCAAGUUCAUAAUAGAAAACAAACAAUAAAAUCAUUAUUUGAUAAUAUUAAUAAAUAUAUAAAAGAAGUAAAUGAAACGUUAAUUUAUUUCUGGAUUCAAAUCGUUCAUUAUGCAAGUGAAGCAACAAAAAAUCCAACAAAUGAUUUCUCAGGAUUUUUACUAAUGAAUCCACAAUUACUUAAUCAAACUGAAUUUCCACUUUCUUAUUAUAAAAAAGAUACGUUAUUUAGUGACGAAGCAAAAAAAUCUGUUGUUUUACCAGAUAUUAAACAAUUACCAAAUAUUCUACCAUCAUCUUCUUCAGUUAAUAAAAAUAUCGUGACGACAACAACGAAUGUAGAACAGGUACAACCAGUUGAUGAACUCGAUGAUGAUGAGUUCUUGCAACAAUUUGAAUUAUGUACAUUAACAAAUUGGUCACAUAAAACUCAUAUACGUAUGGCAUGGCUUUAUUUAACACGUGAUGGUCGUCGUUUAGGAGUAAAGAAAAUAUUUGAUGGAAUAAAAAAUUUUAUCGAUAAUAGUAAAGUAUCAAGAAAAACAACAUUUCAUUUUACAAUGACAUAUUUUUGGAUUCAAAUGAUUGAUUUAGCUAUUGCACAAAGUCCAAAAAAUAUUACUUUUGAUGAAUUUCUUCGUUUAAAUCCACAAUUAAUGAAUGGUGGUUUAUUUUUAGAAUAUUAUAAAAAAGAAACAAUGCUAAAUAAUCCAAUAGCUCGACAAGAAAUGGUGUUACCUGAUAUUAAACCAUUACCAACUUUGAUCAUAUCUAAUAACAAAAAAUAA